AAAUUGGCCCAGCUGAGCUGUCCGUAUCAACACUCAUCCAAUAAUACGAGUGAUGAAGUUGUAUCACCCCUUCUGUGUGAAAUUCUGGAAAUGUUAAAGGGAAAAACUAUAGACUAUGUUCUUCUCUGUGAGAUAGAUUCUAAGCUGAGGUCAUUCUAUGAUUCCCUGAUGGGUAUGCAGCAGGAAGAAAACUCCAGUACGUUUCGAAGUCGGCCCGUGGAAGUUGAAACGCAGCGCACUACUGCCAGGUCGCAGAAAUCAAGAAGUCCUUCGAAAAGACAGAGGGACGCUACUCCAAACGUUUCAGUCAUUCCAACGGAGAUACUGAAAUAUGCCCCCACUGAAGCCGCGGAUCUAAGUACCCUUUCGCUUGCCUUGUGUUUCGCCGGUGCCAACAGUUCAAACCCGCCCACUCCAUUUCAUGCAUUCGUAGCUCAGUACGCCAGGAAAAAAAUCAGAUCCACUGAAACAGUGUCCGACACGAUCCAAACAAUUUCAGAAACCUCAGGGAGCUUGCCGGUGCCAAUCAUCACUGUGUUCAAUGGACCCAGCAGCGACUAUCCAUUGACGGUGGGAAAAUGCAGGUGUAUUCGAGAGAUACUUCUUGUUCCCAAACCGGAUCUCAAACCGGAACAGAUUUGUGAGCAACUAUUCCAUUUUAAACGUGAACUCGAUCAGUUGUUGAUCACCAAACAGGGGAUACUGUUGCAGUUGCAAUGUCGGAAUGGUGCCGCGAGUGUCAAAAUGGAUCUUCCUGAACAACCUAUCGAUCUGAUUCACGAGUGUCUCAACCGGAUUGGAAUGAGUGACCGGUUUUUGAUCGGAAUAGACUUGGCCAGCUCGAGCAUUUUCGACGAGUCAAGAGGGAAAUACGAACCUAUCUCUGGAGCGCUGAAAACUGCAGACGAACUCGUGACCUUCUAUACGAGGCUGUUAGACAAGUACAAGGAUAUUUGUCUUCUGGUAAACCCUUUUCGGAAAGAAGUAGUUUCAUCUUUGUCUUGUUUCUCAUUGCAGGACAAUAAUGCGUGGAGCGCACUUCAGAAAAAUGUUGGAGACCAAGUUCUUCUGGUUACCAGCAUCGCACCACAAAAGCUAUGGACGGUGACUCAGAUGAAAAGUGAGGCACUGAACGUUCCGCGGGAUAAUGGCUUCUGCUACUCUUCUUCUGGUCCUGGAGUGAAGUGUAUGGCUAACAAACUGAUGUCAAGCGCGUAUUCCACCGAGGAGUCUGAAAUAAAACAGCUUCACGUGAAUGACCAAUUUCAAGAUUCUGUGGAAUUUUCGGGAUGGAUGUUCGACAGCUUGGCCCAGUUGGACUGCUUUCUGGUUUCUGAACUUAUUCAGGCAGUAGAAAAUCUACAUUUCGCAGAGAAGCGCAGCAUAUUUGCUGUUGACCGGAUGCUCACGUCUGAGUUAUGGCCUGUGGACUUGGCAGUUGGUUUGGGCGUGCAUUUCCUAAAAAUUGGUGGACUGGCGGGUGAGGAGCAUGUGAGCAAGUUAAUUCACUGGAUGAAUAUAGCCAAUUCUUCUGACGAGGGUGUGACCAUAAGACCAACAAUGUAUUCAUGGGCCAAUUUCAGAAGACUCCCGGAUGAAACAGGAGAAACGUAAAGAGAAUGGAUUUGUGAAAUAUCUUUCCCGUGAUGUACACUCCCUAGAAGUGGAUUCCUCAAAUUGUUCUCUUAUCAAUAUUUUGCACUGGAUA